AUGUUUCCAACCCAGGCUUUGCUACACUCGCAUCUUAUAUCUUCUGCUCACAGGAGGUUGACAGUUUUAUGCCCAUGGUGUGUAGGCAGAGAAAAGACAUUUACAAGAAUUCAUGACUUAGAGGUCCAUGUCAGGACCACACAUACAUCUGUAGUUGUCACAAAGGACAAAUUUACAAGGGCCAAUGGAUUCUACCUUGCAAAGCAUCCAAAGGAUUACGCGAGGAUUGUGGACAAAAUAGGGCCUUAUAAUUCAGAUGUUGCACGUGAGGCGAGAAACGCGGUUAGGACAUGGGCUGAGAGCUUUGAUGAUAGUCAAGUUAGAGCUGAUAAGUGGAAUACAGGAUGGAAAGCUGGAGUAGAAAUAGCUAGCAGUAAGGCUAAACCUAGUAAGAGUAGGAGUAUUUCAAGGGAAAAAUCCACAGGUGCAGAUAGCCGAAGAGUUGUGGAGACACAUGACAGGGAUGAUAAUAGAAGAAGCAGAGACUUUGAUAAUGCUGAAAAGAGAGAUGGGAGAAAUGAAAGUCGGAAGUUUGAUACUGAGAAGGGGAGAGAUGAAGAUCUGCGGAAUGAUAGUGAGCGCCGAGGGACAGAUACCGGUAGAGAUAGAGACCGAGAGAUGAACAUUAACAGAGACAGAGUGACGACUACCAAUAGAGAAAGAGACAGAGGGACAGAUACUAGUAGAGAUAGAGAUAGGGAGACGAACACGGAGAGAGAUAGAGAGACAGACACCAGUAAAGAAAAACACAGGGAGAUGAACACCAACAGAGAAAGAGACAGACUGACGAAGGAUACCCACAAAGAAAGAGAAAGAGAUGCAGAUACAAUUAGAGACAGAGAUAGGGAGAUGAACACCGACAAAGAUAGAGUGACGAAUACCAACAGAGAAAGAGAUAGAGUGACGAAUACCCACAAGGAAAGAGAUAGAGAGAAUGAAAGCCAUAAAGAUAAGGAAGCAGCAAGCAGUAGAAGCAGAGAGACAGAUACCAGUAGAGAUAAAGGGGCAGAUAGCAGUACGGGCAAAGAGGCCAAUACAGAUGGAGAUAAAGUGAAGAAUACACGUAGAGAAAGAGAUAGUGAGAUAAAUACAUAUACAGACAAAGACAAAGCUAAAAAUACCAAUAAUAACAGAAAGACUGAUACACAUACGGAGAGAGAGCGAGAGACGAAUACCAAUAGGGACAGGACUGGCGAUAAGGAGGGGGAGAAUAGUAAGAAAAGAGAUCGAAGUAAUGCAGAAGAGCAAAGGAAAAGCAAACAGAGAAAGAUUGACGAGGGGUUUGAGAACUAUGUCGAUAACAUAGAAUUAGGAGGAGGAGGCUGGAGUGCCAUCAUUUUCUAG